UGAUCCAGCACGCCCAACGAUAGUAUGUACAACAGAAGAUGCACCGGAAAGAAGGAAAGAAUACAGCAAAGUCAUAGGAGCUACACCUCUGAACGGCGAGAGAAAUGGAGACAGAAGUCAUCACGGACAAACAGACAAUUCCACCAGACCAGCCAUGUUUCCAGGUGUCAUGGUGGACACGAAUUAUCGCCAUACAACAGUGUGCUUUGGAGACAAGGUGAAAGUACUGGGACGAGUCAUAGACGGACUGAAGGAUGAUUUGAAUGUACAACAAACCGGAUUCGUGGUGUGGCCGGCUGCUAUGAUUCUGUCUCAGCACCUGGUGUCGCACCGUGAGCUGGUCCGUACCGGGCGGGUGUUGGAGGUGGGUGCCGGGGCGGGCCUCCCGGGCCUGGUGGCCGCCGCCCUGUCCCAGGAUCCGAGCGGGGUCGUCAUGACAGACUACGUGGAGGAAGCCGUGGAUCUGAUGGACAUGAACAUCGCGGAAACCUUCGCAAAUGAUAACAAUCGCCCGAAGGCCGCCAUUAUGGACUGGGACGAUGACCCAUCAGUUCUCCAAGAGCAUCAUGGGACGUUUGACGUCAUCAUCGGUUCUGACGUCGUCUAUUGGCCAGAGUUGAUCGAACCGUUGAUUCGCACAGUGAAGGCUCUCUUAUCAAAUAAACGGACAUCCAGGUUCUUGAUGCUGUACAGCAGGAGGAACCCAAAGGCGGACGUGCUGCUUCCUCGGACAGCACAGAAGUACCGUUUGGACAGCACGGAGCUGUCUUUAGAACAGAACACAGUGUACCAAGCCGUGCUGAAGCACCCAGUAUACAUAGAAGACGUAGACAUGUUUCAUCUAUACGAGUUUAGACACAGCCAUGAAUAAUUUUGUGCAUUUAAA